AAUGGAAGUAAAAGUUGCAGUAGUUCAAGAUUCUCCCGCAAUAUUCGACUUAGAGAAUACCCUGGAAAAAGUUGAGAAGUUGACAAAGGAGGCGGCAUCGGAAGGGGCAAAAUUGAUUCUCUUUCCUGAGGCUUUUGUAUCUAGUUAUCCGAAGAGUCUUAAAUUUGGCACGGUUGUGGGAAAUCGAACUGAGGAGGGUCGCGAAGUCUGGUUAAAAUACGUUAAGAGUUCUGUACAGGUUCCAGGGCCUGCAACAGACCGCUUGGCUAGCAUAGCUGCAGGAAACUCCAUUUACUUAGUGAUUGGAGUUAUAGAAAGAGAUACUAUUUCAAAUGGAACACUGUAUUGCACUAUCUUAUAUUUCUCUCCUGCCGGAAAACUUCUUGGAAAACACAGAAAACUGAAGCCUACAGCUGGAGAACGCAUGGUAUGGGGAGAAGGUAGCGGAGAUACUUUAUCGACUUUUGAUACAAGUAUUGGCAAAAUCGGCGGGCUUAUUUGCUGGGAGAACUACAUGCCUUUGGCUAGGAUGGCAAUGUAUAAUAAAGGAGUUGAAAUCUAUUUGGCUCCAACAGCUGAUCAUAGAGAUACGUGGGUUGCAAGUAUGCAGCAUAUUGCUAGAGAAGGCAGAUGCUUUGUUUUGAGCUGUAAUCAAUUUGUUAAAGCUACAGAUUAUCCCGAAGAUAUUCUGCACUUAGAAGGUAUAAAAGAACUACCUGAUAUCGUUACAACUGGUGGUAGUGUGAUUGUUUCGCCUCUAGGAAAAAUCAUAGCUGGACCAUUGUUUAAUGAAGCAGGAAUUCUUUAUGCUACUUUGGAUUUGGAAGAUAUUAUUAGAAGUAAAUUGGAGUUUGAUGUUAUCGGUCAUUACUCGAGAGAUGAUGUAUUUAAUUUUGACGUUCCAAGUCAACCUGAUACGGUUAAGGAAUGA